AUUGGUAUAAGACAGGAUUAAUAAUAAGUAUCGAUUAUUUUUGUCUAAAACCAUGUUGAUUACUAACUAAUUGUUAAGAAAGUGUGAUAGCUUUUUAGAGAUAAUGGUUUCAACUAUUUUAGGAAUAGCAAUAAUUUGCUUUAUCACUAGUCUAUUCUAUUCUAUAAGACUUUUUCAAAAUUUCAGAAAAUAUACCCAUUCUAAAGGAUUUAUUAAAAAUAUAAUAUAAUGGUUUUACGAGAACAUUUCUACAAUUUUUCAAGUAAAUAAACGGAAGUUUAUAUUGUAAUAUUUCAGUUUGUGUAUCAAAAACCCUUCGAAAAAAGAAUAACUUUUUUUUUUUAUGACCUUAAGAAUUUUAAGGUCUUAAAGUAAAACUUAUUAUAAUUUAUUUAAUAUAAUAUGUGUAUUGUAAUUUUAUAUACCAAUUUUAUUAACAGGAUUAUUAUUGGAUAAUGUUAACAUAAUCGAGUUCUAUCAAUUGCUACACUUCAGGCCUUGCUAAGACAAAUUUUAUCAGAGGUGUGUUUUUAAUAUACAAAAAUCGAAAAAUGUAUAUUUUAUACACACAUCACUACAGUUGACUUGUUUCGCUUCAUUAUAAAUUUAUAAUUUAUUAAAAUAAUGUUCUACAAAAGUCUACUUUUGAAAUAUUGUGAAAUAAUAUAUUGAUGAAAAAGUCUACAAUAAACUAUUAUCUACACGUCCUACACUACUUAUAUAGGUGUAGAAUGUGCAUAUUAUAUCGAUGUAAUAACAUGCACAUAAUAAUAUAAUAUUAUAAGAAACAUAUGUGAUAUUUAUAAAUGAAUGUGUACAUUAAUGAUUACAGUGUAUGAAUAUUUAACAAUCAACAUUUUUUGCGAAUAGAAUUAUUUAUUGUAAUACUUCAGUUUUGGUAACAAACAUUAUCGAAAUGACGACAGUUUUUCACAUUAAUUUAGGACCUAUUUUAAUUUUAUCCAAGUGCAUAGGUUUAAUUGAUAAUUCAUAUACCUUGGAACCGAAUGGAUUAUUAGUUAGGAAAAUAAAUUCAUCUUUUAAAGUAUUUCUAGAAAUAGCACGGAUGAUUGUGUUGUUGGUAUGCACUUACAGAUACUUUCAUCACCUUGAUCCAGUAUUUCAUAUAUUUCAAUAUAUAAAUAUAAUUAAAUUUUGGAAUGUUAUUAUCGCAGCCAGAGUAUCAACAAUAUGGAUAAUCGAAUUUAUUAAUAGCGUCAUCGAAUUUGAUCAAAAAAUUAAACCACUUUUAACAAAUUUUUCAAUACCGCAGCAUUCAUUAAAACAAAAGGAUUGGUACAAGAUUUAUAUUUCAUUUAUUUUAUACUUUGUUGGAAUUAAAGUUUUAUACGCCCAUAUAAUGCCCACAAAGUUGAUAAACAUUAAUUCAUUGGUAUUGAGUUUAUUCAAUCCACCGUUUGUUAUGGAUUACGUAGUUACAAUAACUUCGUGUUUCUUUCUUCAAAACCUGUACGUCAGAUUUCAGUCGGUAAAUGAUUUGUGGAAAUGUCUUCCUCCUGGAUUAGUCGCUGUUCCAGGCCUGUGGACAAACAUCGAAAUAGUGGUUUUGAUGGAAAACACACGGCUGAUGCACUCUGAACUCUGUGAAUUGUUAAAAAAAUUUACACUAGGUUAUGGACCAUUGUUAUUGGGUUUCUACACAUUCAGCUUUAUCUCUAUGCUUAUUGGUUUUUAUUUCAUUUUCAACGCUGAACCAUUAACCAAUAAUCAAUAUUCGGAAGAAAAAUAUGUGAUAGUAAUACCAAUUUUACUUCAUGUACAAAUUUUCGCGUUUAUGAUAGCUAUUAUCGUUUUUGUUUCAUCCAUAAACGAAAAGCGAAUGAAAAUGAUGUCCUAUCUACGAUCAUACCAAAUUUCAAAUUUACACCCGGACAUAAAACGACAAAUAAAAAUGUUUAUGCAACAAAUUUCAGCCAAUGAUAUGGACCAAAUUUCGGCGUUUGGGUUUUUUGAUAUCAAAUUAAAUCUUGUUACAUCAGUACUUGUUCUAUUAAUAACUGGAAUAUCGACAAUGAUUCAAAUGAAAGAUCACCCAAUAAUAUUACAAUUUAACUAUGAAACUAAAUUGUUUUAUUCAAAAAUAGCGAAAAAUUAAUUUUAACGUAAAUAAUUAUAUAAUUAUUUAUAAAUGGACGAAUGUAAGUUACUAGAGGAGAUAUAGUAGUUAAUUUUUACCAAUUAGUUCGUUUCUACACCAAAAAUACCCACAUUUAUAAGUUUACAUAAACAAAUUAAAAAUGCCUAUGUUAUUUUUUGCAUCUGAGAACUUUUAACGAGAGACCUUAAUUUUAGAUUAUAAUUGUUCAUAUUUAAGAGACCAUUAAAAUAAAUAGUUUUUAGAUAAAAUGUAUAUUUUUUACUUACAUUUAAUACGCACUUAUAUUUGUACAACUCUUAUAAAGUUAUAAGUAACAACUGAUUUAAAUACAUUUAUUUAUCUAUUUA